AUGGCGAUCUGUACUUAUAACGCACGUACGCUUGCAUCGGAAGCGGCCAUCGAAGAUCUGAUGAUGCAAGCCAAGAAGAUCAAGUACGACGUCAUCGGACUGACCGAGACGAGACGACGUCACCCUCUCAACGCCGUAUAUGAAACUGGAGAAGAACUGUUCUUAGGAACAUGCGACAGUAGAGGUGUUGGUGGAGUUGGCGUCCUCGUCAACACGAGUAUGGCAAAGAACAUCGACUCUUUUGAACAACUUACGACCCGAAUCGGACGUCUGCGGAUGAGAAGAUGUGGCCCAAUACCAGCUUUGACUAUCUUCGUCGUUUACGCUCCAACAUCAAGCUACGAAGAAGAAGAAGUCGAAGCUUUCUAUAUGGACCUGGAGAAGUUCUACCAAGAAGAUCAUGCCUUCUACAAGGUCAUAGUUGGCGAUUUCAACGCUAAGGUUGGCCCAAGAAGAACGCCAGAGGAACUUCACAACGGGACCCGCGGCCUACAAUGGAAUGACCAGGGAGAGAGGCUCUCCGAGUUCGUCAUGACGACUAAGACCAUCCAUGGGAACUCGCAAUUUCAGAAGCCCUCUUCUUUACGCUGGACGUGGGAGUCACCCGGUGGAGGGUACCGUAAUGAAAUAGACCACAUCAUCGUCAAUAAAAGGUUCUGCCUGACGGACGUCGGUGUUGUACCAAAGCUCUAUACGGGAUCGGACCAUCGCCUCCUCCGAGGAAGAUUUUCCUUCACAAGGAGAGCAGAGAAAGCCGCCAAAUUCAGAGAGAGAAAUCCCAGGACUACCAUCAACUGGGAUCUCUUCGCUACGCUAGCCGGCUUUUGGGAAGAUUCUGCAAUGGACAACAUCGACGAGGAAUAUGACCGGCUUGUCGAACACCUUCACGACUGCGCGAAGAAGGCUGAGAGUUUUAAAACCACCAAGAGGCGCCUGUCUCUUGAAACUCUUGAGCUGAUACGCCAGCGUGGAGCAGCACGAGCCGCAGGGAACCAAGAACUCACGUCCGAGCUCGCAAGGCUUUGCCGAGAGGCGAUAAAGGAAGACCUUAAAGAGAGAAGAGCAGAAGUGCUGGCUGAAGCUGCAGAGGCGGGGAAAAGCAUCCGCUAUGCCCGUCGAAACUUCGCCAGUCGCAAGACGAGGAUGACUGCUUUCCGAAACCCAAAGGGAACAGCCAUUGCAUCGAGAAGGGGGGAUGGAGAAAAUCAUCUACGACUUCUACUCUGA